UUGCUGUAUUUGUACGAGAGAUUAUACACACACUUUUUACAUAGCAAGAAUGUCUGUGUGUCUGUGUGUGUGUGUGUGUGUGUGCGCCUGCCUUACACCAGCCAUCCAAUCACAAAUCAGCUAUUAAAACCUCCGACUCUUGGAAGGGUAUAUUUCAAAAACCUGUUUAUAAAAAGUUGUGCCAAAUUUAAACACUUUUGCAUCCUAUUAGGUAUUUAUAAAUGAUUUAAAGUACUUUAAAAUAAUACACAUGCACAAAACUUAUAAAUAAGUAUUUUAUUUUUCUUUUUGUUUCAUGUUCUUUUAUGAUCUGUAAAUUUUAUUUAUGUGCAUAUGCAUAUGUACAUUUUUCAGCAUCUAGUUCCUAUGAUUUAUUUUACCUGUAGUUGUUAUGAUAGAAGACCAAAUAAUGUAUGCUGGAUGAGUAAUAAUGACACAUUUUAGUUGCAGAAAUGUCAWAACAUUUGAAUCACCGCUGGGAAGCUGACUAACAAAUCAGCACAUGCGAACAAGCAACUUGUCACACUGACUUUUAUAUUUGGAAGCUUUGUUUCGAGUCCAAAAAUUUAUUUUAUUGUUUUUUUAAGGACAGUGUUUUGUCCUGAGACAUUAAUUAAUGAAAAUGCUCAGUGUAUUGCAAGACAGCUACCUCUAUUUGAAUGUUUAGAAUGAAAAUGGAGGAAGUGGGGGGAGUUUUACAGAAUAAAAUAUGUCAUCUGAAGGUUUUUGCUGCUGUUUUUUUCUGUCAGACAGCUGACUAGUUGACCAUCAUAAUUGUGUUGGUUUCCAUAUGUGACCCGUGCUGGGGAAAAAAAGAGUUGGAAUGAGCACAGGCUGCAGGCCAGAAUAAGUGAACACUUGUAUAUUGAUUAUUGACGUUUGUGUAAAAACGAGUUCAUAAAGACAUCCAUCUAGUGAUCCCUGUAACUGAAAUAGCACAUAAUUUUCCUAAUCUUUUUAUUUAAUUAAGUGUUUCUAACAGAUUUUUAGAAAUAACAAUUUGACCAACUCAUAAUUUCUGUUGAGUUAUCUGCUGGAAAAUGCAGAGAAGUGCUGAUGUAAGUGGCGUCUCCACCAGGGGGCGCUAAGUGUUUCACCGUCAGGUGACCCGCUCAGAACCCGGAAGUAGAUGUGUCAACCGGGUUUUUUCCUAUAUUAUGCGUUCUUGAAAAUAAAGACGUAGGAAAAAAUAUUUGAUUUAUCUUUAUUUAUCCUCUCAGUAGUCUUUAAUCAGUCUGCUGACCACCGAAAAUUGUCAACAUGUCUCAAGAAUAUCAAACACCAGCUACCGACGACAAAAGCUUGAAUUUACAAGAAGCACAGUGGAGCGGUAAGACUCCAAUACAAAUGUUGCAUGAAUACGGCACUGCCAGUGGCACCCCACCUGUGUAUGUGAUGGAGAAGGCUGAAGGAAGUGGUCACCAGCCCCACUUCUUCUUCAGUGUGACAGUGGGAGACAUUAAUUGUACAGGUCAAGGUUCCACUAAAAAGGCUGCCAGACACCAGGCUGCAGACGCUGCUCUGAAAAUGUUGAACCUCGAUCCUGAAAAAGU